AUGUCUGACUGGUCCGACCUUCCCCGCGCAUUGCAGGGUAGCUCCAAACGGUUCAGCGAACUCCUUCAGGAUGAUGCUCAGCUAAACGCUUUCACUACAUCAAAUGCCAUUGACCGGGAAGCCACCUUUGGAAUCAAGUCAACCGGCUCUGACAAUACUCUCCUCAUCACCGUCACCAAUGGCAGCGCAAAGGCCAGCACCUCGGGAUCGCCCAAGGAUGCCCUCUUCACCCUGUCUGCUCUGCCAGAGCAAUGGGAACAACACUUUAAAGAGGUUCCAGUCGCGCCCUACCAAAGUUACUGGGGCAUGUUCAGCACAAACAUCAAGCAAAUGGGAACCGAGGUCUUGGGCGACCAGGUCGCUUUUGCCCGCUGGACACAUGUCUGGCGACGUGUGCUCGAACUCGCCCACGAGGCUCAUUGUGGGCCCAUCAAGGAAGAUGAGCAAGCCGAACCUCAAUACGACUACCUCACCGGCAAAUACACUUACCUCGAGGCACCUGUCUGGGGCCGAUGCAAGACCUUCUACGAGUACUCUGGUGAAGGCAAGCAGCAGAUUGUCUUUCUCCACACCGCCGGUAGCGAUUCUCGGCAGUACCAUGGGGUCAUGAACGAUCCAAUUAUGCGCAAGAAAUGCACCAUGUACGCCUUCGAUUUACCAGGCCACGGACGAAGCUUCCCUUCGAAGAAUUACUGUCCGGGUGCGCACACGAAUACAGAAGACGCUUAUGUGGGCAUCAUUGCAGCUUUCGUCAAGGCCCUUGGCUUGCGAAGGCCUAUCAUUUGCGGUGCUAGUAUGGCUGGCCAGGUUUGCCUGGCAGUAGCUAUUCGUCACAAGGAGGUCGGAGCGGGAGGUACGAUUCCCUUGCAAGGAUCCGAGUAUCUCAACAUGGAGAGACAAUGGCACGAUCGGUCACCCUACGUAAACCAGUCGUUAUUCAAUCCAGAGUCGAUCUACGGCAUGAUGUCACCGACCGCCCCUCUGGCAAAUAAGCAGCUCAUCUGGCAUCUGUACAGCGCUCAGGCCUAUGGAAUCUUCCAUGGCGAUCUCGACUUCAACGUUGGUGGCUGGGAUGGUCGCUCCCGCGUCGCUUCGAUCGAUACUCAGAACUGUCCAGUGUACAUGCUUACUGGUGAAUACGACUGGUCCAACACACCAGAGAUGUCACAGAAGACAGCGGACAAGAUUCCGGGAGCAAUGUACAAGGCAAUGCCAGGUCUAGGUCACUUUCCAGCAACGGAAUCACCCGCAAAGUUCGUGCCGCAUCUGAUCGAGGCGAUUGAACACAUCCAGAAAAUUAGAUCAGAGAAUAUGAGUACUAUGCGGCUGGGCAACGGUACCGAUUAG